UUUCAUACAACUAUAAAAUUAAACAUGUUUUUGUUGCUCAUUCAGUGUUUGUGGGUCUAUUGUAGCCACAGCAUUAUUUGGUUUUUAAAACAACAUGUAAAUAAAUAAAUCUAUAAUGUGUUGAAAAACGUUUUUAUCUUGAAUAAAUAUAAAUGGCUGAUGUUAAAAAAAACAGUAACACUUUCAUUGAUAAUUAGUUAAUUUAUUAUCUGACAUGAACUAACAAUGAACAAUACUUCAACAGCAUUUAUUAAUCUUUAGUUUAGUUUAUUUUUGUGUACUUUCAUUUCAGAAUUACUAAUACAUUAUUAAAGUGGCCAUAACUCGGACAGUUUCUGCAUAUAUCUCAUGGUAAUCUUUAGUCCUUACAGAAUAGUAUCGCGCCCAUUUAUAAUCAUUUAUAAAAGACGGAUACAGCUGUAUGAUUAUUUCCGACAACAUACGAGAUGGGGGGGUGGAACUAAAGCACGUGCGCACACAUUGCCAACAAAACACAGACAUAUGACUCAGUUUCACUUACCGUGUGCAGUUCAUGUCUGGCAUCUUUUAGCGAUCUCCAAAUCCAGCAUUAUAUCCAAGUUAAUAUAACAUCUAUCACUGAAACGCAGUGAAAAAAAAACAAAUACACACCUCUCACUGUCGCAAGAGUAACGAGCUGCAGCUGCAGGUCCACAGCGCAGCCAGUCUUGACGCAGCGCAGCCAAUCUUGUUUGUAAGCAGGUCUCGCUUGUCAGUUGACGCAUGGGCGGGCUAUUUCUUUCGCCUUGCCGAGGGCAUGCUUUUCCGGGAGAAUUCCAAUAAGGGACUAAGAAAAGCUGUUACGAAACGGAUUUUCAUGUUCGAAAAAACUUUCCGAAACCAAUACGAACGCUGGGGGAGUGUAUCGAGCACAGAAAUACUACGUUAUACGUCGUUUUUUGACAAGUUGAACAUGUCAAGCAUAAGAAGACGUUUAACAUUGUAAAUAACUCCGAAUGCAUGAAACACCGUUGCAUUCCCCCUUUAAAAUAAUUACAAUAACAUUAACAAAGAUUAAUAAAUGCUGAAAAACUAUAUUGACUAUGGAUAGUUAAUGUUAGUUAAUGCAUUUACUAAUACGACCGUAUUGAUUGUAACAAAAAAAUCACAUUGAAUUUAGGGCUGUACCGAAUACCAUUUUUUGAGCUUCGAAGCUUCGGUAGUAAUCAACAUCGAAUAUUCAAAGCUUUGAAGGGAGGGGGCUGAACAUAUUCUUCUCUCUAAUAAAGAAAGGAAUCUCUGUGUCUCUGUCUGUUUGCAUUUUUAUUAUGUUGAGAACCGUUCAUCCAAUCGUCUUCAUGCGUGGCGAGUGUGUUGCUGCGGACCCAAGGGAGUGGCUUGUCACAUUUUGGUGCAAUAUGGACACGCGACACGUUCAGAAUGAAUAAACUACAGAACAGCGCGAGACGGAAGCGGCGCGCCUCACAUUAAAAUAGUUUAAACUCCAGGAGCUUGAAAGAGUGCAGAAAUGGGUGAAGAUGGUGAAAAAGUGGGAUAAGUACCACAGCAGCGAAAAGAUGACGAAGCGCGUGUACAAGGGGAUUCCCUUGCAGCUGCGUGGUCAAGCCUGGGCUCUUAUGCUGGAGGUGGACCAGGUGAAACAGGCCAACUACAAGAAGUAUGAGACAAUGAAGGAACAAGCCAAAAAGUACUCAACAGAAAUCAAGCAGAUAGAUCUUGAUGUCAACCGGACGUUUAGGAACCAUAUCAUGUUUAUGGAACGUUUUGGCGUCAAACAGCAGGCCCUGUUCCAUGUGCUGGCCGCUUAUUCCGUCUACAACACGGAAGUGAGCUACUGUCAGGGCAUGAGCCAGAUCGCCGCUAUUCUGCUCAUGUACAUGAAUGAGGAAGAUGCAUUCUGGGCAUUAUCACAGCUGUUAACCAAUCGGAAACACGCCAUGCACGGGUUCUUCAUCUCUGGGUUACCCAAACUGCACCGUUUUCAGAAUCAUCAUGACCAAAUACUUUCCAAGCUCCUUCCAAAACUAAAGAAACACAUGGAUAAAGAGCAGAUGUCCACUCCUUUCUACUCAACCAAAUGGUUCCUCCAGUGUUUUAUUGACAGGACACCCUUCACGCUUACCCUGCGUCUAUGGGACAUCUACAUAUUAGAGGGAGAGAAAAUGCUCACUGCCAUGGCCUAUACUAUCCUCAAACUGCACAAAAAGCAUAUUCUCAAGAUGUCUUUGGAGGACCUGAGGGAGCUUCUUCAGGAGAAGAUUUCUUCAUCCUUCAACAUGAGCGAUGAUAUGGUCAUAGAGCACCUACAGUCAUCCAUGUCAGAACUCCGCAGAAUGAAGCUCGACCUUCCUCCUCCAGCCAAAGGAGAUGAGUUCCCAAAGAUUACACUGGGUGAGGAGCGUCCCAUAAUCCUGUGUCCAGUGAUCCAUACGGAGUGUGUGUCCAUACCAGCAGCCACACACUACAACCAAACCUCAACCAAACCACACACAGAGGACACCUCCUCUUUCAACCAAAGCAAUGAUGAACACAUUCCCUCCAUUACCUCACCAUCUUCUGUACCAGUGCACACACAAUCCUCUUCCAACCCUUCACCCUCUCAAGCUACACCUGAGGACUCAGUGGACAACAUGAAGAACCAAGACAACGUCCCUGAACGAAGAGCAAAUCUUCAGCUCCCAGAACCAGCACCUUCAAGGGACGCUCUCUUAUUGGAGAAUGUAUGUGUCAGAAGGCCUCUGUCGGCAGUGUCUGAUGAGUGGCCACCUCCGUAUCAGCCCCUGAUGACAGACUCUUCAAGUGUCCACUCCCUGAACCUUCCGGACUUGCCUCCUCCACCUCUUCCCUGUGCUGAAGAAGCGCUCAGGUUUUUACCUCUAGAUGAAGAAAUCCCAGUCUGCCUUCCCCCACCGCCGCCAAUCGGCCAACCUCUAAAUCUCAUUUUGGAAGAUCCAUCGGCGUCACCCUCAUCGUACAGAUCCCACCGGCAGCUUAGCAAGUUUCCAGUGAACCUCUACGUUCCUCCACCCUCGGGUGACCGGCGACCCUCCAACACCUCACAUUACGACAACAUCUGGGAUGAUGAGGAUCAUUCUGUGGAGAGGAUGUUGGAGACGGUCACUCCAUUGCCACAAGACUUGGGUCUUAAGAACCCUACCCUUCUCCGUUCUCCAGAAGACGCUUCGUCUCUUCCUCUACCGCCUCCGUCGAUGUUCUUCUACACCCCAGACUCUUCUCCCAUACAACCUCCUCCUCCGUACAUUGAAGAUUCAGACAACUGGGUCACUCCAGAUUGUGUUGUCCCAAAGCCACCGGCCAGCUUUGCAGAUAGGCCCUUUCUCAUACCUUCAAUUCAAUCCAAUCAGGUUGAAAGCGGACAUUCACGCCCCCCGAGACUACCACCAAAAACAUUACCCACAAUGCUUUCCCAAGGACGCCCUGAUUCAGAUUUUUACAGAAUACACGUCCCAAGUCACUAGCUGACGGAUAGACUCUUUUGAAGGACACAUUUCUUUUUAUGGACAUUUGUAAAGUAAGUCAUUCUGUACAUUUUGCACAUAAGAAUGGUCGAGCUUGUGGGAUAUGUUUUUGAACCUUUAGGUCAUAUAUUGCAGUGGAGCUUGAAUGUGUUUGAGUGCGUCUCAGGCAAAUUUGUUGCAUUUACAUUUUUUCAACGCAAGUCUUCACAUGCUGUGAAGAUUGUUGCCAUUUUAAAUGUUGCUAAAGGGACUGAAUGUUGGUUAAUGGUUAUGGUUCCUCACUGUCACACAUUUCAGAGGACCAACAUGAACCUAUGAUUGUUUUAAAUGUAGAGCAAAGGCAACUGGCAUUGACUUCAAAGUAGAUUCAAGUUUGCUAGUCAGGUGUUGUCAAUGUUAUUUUUAAACUUGAAGUGAAUGGACAUCAUUUGUAAAAUACGCAGCGUGAAAGAGAUGCUUUGUUGUACCACAUUUGGGAACUCGAGCAUAGACAAGCUGACCCAAGUCUUACUUUUCAGGGGUCCCAGUGUUGCACCAGAAGAAACUCCCUCAUCUUGUGGUACAUUUUGUGCUCUAGUGCCACCUUGUGGAAAAUGUAAAGCACAGCAUAGUCAACAAUUUUCCUGGAAAGGUGACUUGCCACAUACCAGUGAAUUUUAAAAAAUGAAGAAAAUGUAUAUUGAAAGUGAUGUUACAGCUUUAUAGUGUGAUUGUAAAUAGGGCUGUUUUGCACUGCUGUUUGUAUUAAGAGACUAUAUUAUUUAAUUGCUUUCCUAGGGUGUGGUUUAUACCUAGUUUUUAACUUUGAUGCUUAUUUGAGAAUUGAUUUUAUUUCAAUAACACCUGCUUAAAGAAAA